UUGGCGACGCUUAUUUCCGUCGUAGAUGUCCGAAGUCUGAUCUAUCUUCCCCGUGCUUUUAGCAGAUCACAGGAAAUGAACAUGAAGAAACUAGACCUUCAUUGAAUCUCAUGGAAGAUCUCCAAACGUGGUGGGAGAUUCCAAGUAUUGCCCAUUUUUGUUCGUUGUUUCGGGCAGCUUUCAACCUUCUUGAUUUUGAUAUCGAGGACUUGGAGCAGGGUCUGUUGGCGGACAGAGACGACUCGCCCCUACUGCAGCAGCUGUUGGUCAGGCUGCUGCAGGGCUGUCUGCCCGAGUACGAUGUGUCGGCGCACAACUGGCAACAUUUUCUGAGGCGGCUCCUCAGGUUCAAGUGCUUGGAGGACCCGAGCGUGCACAACCCGCUGGGCGCCACCGGUGACUUCUACGGCCUGCCGCUGCGCGCGCGCGUCACCGUACUCCAGCUGCUGUGCGACCUGCGCCUGGAGGCCGAGGACGUCAUCGACCUGCUGAGGUGA